AUGCCCAAGGGAGAUAGCUUUCUUUGCGUGCGACUACCUAUCUCUCAGUACCUACCUCGUCGCGACGACUUUGAUAAUCGUAUCGCCUUUGAAAUUCGCAUGAUUUCUGGACAAUACUGCACGUUGUGGCCCUUCGACUGUGAUGAUUACUACGCUUCAAAACUAUAUGAAAAAGAUGGGACUGUAUAUGACAGUUCGGAUAUGCCGGUUAAACCAUACCCUCACUCUGAAACUGUGUUGCGCCGAAUCAAAGAGGAACCUGACGUAAAGCUGGGUGUUGCUUCAAUGACGAGUUCUCCGCGAGUAGGCCACAAGUUGAUAAAGCUUUUUGGGUGGGACAAGUACUUCGACUACGUGGAGAUAUAUCCCACAUCCAAGACAAAACACUUUAAGACACUUGCCCAGAAGUCGGGUCUUUCCUUCGACCAAAUGCUUUUCUUUGACGAUCUCUCGUAUAAUAUCCGUGAGGUGGGCAACCUCGGUGUUCAUACUGUGCUCGUUCGCAACGGCGUGGAUCUCACUCUCCUGCGAUUCGCCCUUGAGGAAUUUGCAUCAAUUAGCCCCGGAGCCUAG